AUGUUAGACUCUCUGUGGAAAGCAGGAUUUUUGGUUAACCCUGAAAAAUGUGUUUUAGGAAUGGAGGAAGCAAAAUACCUGGGGUAUAUUGUGGGAAGAGGGCUGGUGAAACCACAAGUAAGCAAGGUAGAGGCUAUACAGACCUGGUCCCGUCCCUUCACAAAGAAGCAGGUACGGACAUUCCUGGGCAUGGUGGGAUACUACAGAAGGUUUGUACCAAACUUUGCCACCCUGGCUGCUCCAUUGACCGACUUGACUAAAGGUCGGAAGUUCAGUGGAAUGCGGAUGCAGAAAAGGCCUUUCAGGAGCUCAAAUCGGCACUAUGCCAACACCCUGUAUUGGUAG